UCACAGCGAGGACAGGAAACCCGCCACCUCACAUCACCAGGAAGAGAAGGAGAGAGAGAGAGAUGGCAGCGCUCAGCCCUGGGAGGAGACGGGCUGAAUCCCAUGAGGCACCACAGCGUCUCUCAGAGAUCAGGAUCGUGCUGCUGGGGAAGAGAUGGUCUGGGAAGAGCUCAGCAGGAAACACCAUCCUGGGCAGAGAGGAGUUUGACACUGAGGGAGUACCUGAGGAGUGUGAGAAGAGACAGGGUGAAGUAGCUGGGAGGCAGAUCACUGUGGUCGACACUCCAGGCUGGGAUGUGUGGCUGAUGAGGAAUGAUCCUCAGCAGAUCAGACAGGAGGUUGUGUACAUUGUGUCUCUGUGUCCCCCAGGACCCCACACUCUCCUCCUGGUGAUUGAUCUCGACUCAAACACAGACUGGAGAUCAGUGAAGGAAUAUCUGGAGCUUCUCAAUGAGAGAGUGUGGAGACACACAAUAGUGCUGUUCACCUGUGGGGACACACUGACACACACAACCAUUGAGCAACACAUUGAGGGAGGAGGGAAGGAGCUCCAGUGUCUGGUGGAGAAGUGUGGGAACAGGUAUCAUGUUCUCAACGACAAGAACAGGGGUGACCGCACUCAGGUCACAGAGCUGCUGGAGAAGAUAGAGGACAUGAUGGCAGGAAACUAUGGGCUGUACUUCACCACUGACAUUGACCAAGUAUACACUGAACUGGAGACAUACAAUAGAGAGAUAGAGGAGCUGAGACAGAGGUUGGAGGAGAGACAGAGGAGCUGAGACAGAAGUAUGAAAGAAGGGAGAGAGAGAGAGAAGAGGAGCUCAGACAGAGGUUGGAGGAGGAGUGGAGGAGAGAAGAGGAGCUGAAGGAGAAGAUGAGAAAGAUACUGAAGGAAGAGGAGCUGGAGAAAGAGACAGAGGAGCCCAGACUGCCUGUCAAGAGGAGGAACAGU